AUGUCUUUCCCAGCAAACCAUUAUCAGAUCCUUGGUGUAGACAUCCAAGCUGACGACGCUGCGAUUAAGAAAGCCUACAAGAAGCUUGCGCUGGAGAACCACCCCGACAAAACUUUGCACCUAUCAGCAGCACUAGUCGAGAGGCGGACAAAGAUAUUCAAGCUAGCGACUACAGCUUACGAGAUCCUACUCGACCCUGUACAGCGAGCGAAACACGACAAGACUCUAGCGCAACACCCCUUCACAUCUGGCACUCCCCCCGGACCUAUAGGCACCACACCAUCUCCCUGGUUCUAUGCGCCCGUCUCGGAAAGUCCCAUUCGCACGAACCUUUCCUUCUUAAACCACGCUGGUUGGCACUUCAGGAUCGAAGUGUCCAAAAAGUACAAAUGGAUACUUCGGCCUGUUUUGCCCCUCCUGAAUGCCGACACAGAAGGCGACAUCAUGGUAAGAAUAUCUGUACAACGUAACACCUACUCCGCCACUGUCAACGCUCUGAAAGAUGUCGUUAUAGACGUCAAAGCCACACCCGGGAACAAGAGUACGGCAUUGAGUUCCGUCUUCAAGGAAACCAGACAGGGUAUAGAACUUUGUGUAACAAUCGGGACCCUGCCUGUCACUGCCACUGCCCCACUUCCACCGAUGCCAGCAUGGAGUUGGUCCUUUGAUGUUGAUUUAGGUUUCUUGAUACCGUUUUACAAGGAACUGCGGGUUAGCCAUCUCAUGUUUUACCCCCAUUACCCUUCACAUGCUGUAGGGAAGGAUGGGGCAGUGCCGGCGAAAGAGCCGUUUCCUAUGGGGUCGCCUCAGGCUGAAUUGGUGAGUUUGUUUGAGGGGAUACAGUUUGUGGCGAUGUCCAAGGGAUUCUAUUGUGAAGAAGUGGGGUGGGCAGGAAGGAAACGUUGGCGGCUUGCUGCUGUGGGCUCCGUAUGA